AUGGCGAAUCACUCAGGCGAGGACCUGGGGCUAGGAGCUGGCCGUUGUGCUGAACUGAAGGGCUCGCUGGGGGAAACGUCGUUGUCUGCGUCCUUUUGCCUGGCGGCCUGCCUGCCAUUGCCCGGGCUACCCCAGCGCUAAGCAGUUCUUAAGGGGAAACAUGGAACUCAGAAGGGGAAAGACCUUCAUAAAAUCCAGUCUGCAGAUUUCCAAUGAAAAACCAACAGUGGGAGAGGCUGCCUUCCGAAGUAAGGAAGUUGGGGCUCUCAGGCCAAGGCUAGAAGGAACUGAUGGAAGGCCCUUAGAAGAGGAGAGUCAGAAAGCAGGUUUGGCCUCCCAAAAACAUUACAGGCUUUCCAGCAAGGUGACCCGUUUGACACCUGAUGAAGACCUUGGGGCCUCUUGUGGGUCUUCCUAUAAACUGGUGCGGAAGAGCAAGACUCAUGACUGUGUGAUGGGAGCAGACAAGCCUAUAGGGAGGCUGGUCAACAGUAUUAGCUUUUCUGGUCUAGGAAGUCACCCAGGAGCCCAUGGUAGGAGAGCACCAGUGGGCAGCCCUAGCCCAUCCAGUUGUAGUGGUCAGCAAAUGAUUGAUUACCGUCACUUUGUACCCCAAAUGCCCUUUGUGCCAGCUGUAGCCAAGAGCAUCCCCAGAAAGAGAAUUUCUCUGAAGAGAUCCAAGAAGGGGUUCCGGGAUAUAUUCCACAUUAAGAAGAAUAAGUCAGAGAGUCUGGCUAUGCUGAUGGGGAAAGGCAAAAACCUUCCAUCUCCAGGAUGUGAGGGGGAAAUACCUGAAAGACUAAGUAAGUCCUUCUUCAAACCUGGGGAAACAUUGGCUGCUGAUAGCUUGGCUCAGGACUUGUCUGACAGUGAGAUACAGUCUGAUUCUUCCUAUGACUACUGUGGGGCCUUAUGUGAAGAUGUAGCUUCCCUUAAAAGCUUUGAUUCUCUUACUGGCUGUGGGGAGAUUUUUGCUGAUGAGGUAUCAGCCUCACUAGAGCUGGAGGGCAGCCAGGAGAUUUUGACCCGGAGACCAAGAGCCAGAGAGAACACAUCUGCCAUGGGCUCUUUCCAGGGUGGGGUAGAACAACUGGCCUCACCAGCUCAGAAUGAGGCUACUGACUUUGCCAAGUUCUGGGACAACAUCAACUGGUCAGUGAGGCAACACCAAAGUGCGUUGUUUGAUCGCAAACUAGAGGGCUCCAAGGGUAGUGAUGCUGGAAGACCCAAAUAUGAGCCAGCCAUGCUGGCUGAUCUUCCACUGUCUCCUGGUGGUGGCCCUGACAGUUCCAAAGAUAGCUCCAUAGACACUGGAACUCCAAAGAGUGAGCAUCAGGAAUCCACCUCCACCAGUGAUGAAGGCUAUUAUGAUUCUUUUUCCCCAGGUCUAGAGGAUGAUGGAAAGGAGAUCCAAAGCCCAGGGGUGCCCAAUGGCCGGUUCCCUCGGGAUAGCUAUAGUGGCGAUGCCCUUUAUGAGCUCUUCUAUGACCCCAGUGAGGCCAAGAUCAGCCCCAUCAUAGAUGAUGAUUUGUGUGUGUCAGAGAGCCUUUCUGAGCAGGCUGUUGAAAUUCCCCUGUCUAUCUACAGUUUCCACGUAGGGGCUGAGGAGAACCUGGCUCCUCAGCCAGCCCUGGACAUCAUCAGCCAGAGUUUUCUGCACAGCACUUGGAAAGGGAAGGAGUGCCUCUUGAAGCUAUGUGACACAGAGCUCUCCCUCACCAUGGGCAUCAUCAACUGGCUCCGCAGAAACCCAGAGCUUGUUUCUCCCUCAGAUCGGGCCCAGACCCUGCCAUCACCAGUAAAGGAAAGUGGUGACCCUUCUGUCUGCUUGGGCCUCCCAUUAGGCCAAGAAGCAGGAGGAGCAACUAUUAGCAUGGGAUCUGGGAAUGAGGGUUCAAGUGAGAAGGAAACUGACAACCAAGAACCACUGUCUUGCCCAGAGCAAGUAAUCAACAGGAGACAUUCUAACCAUGAGACAGUAGAAAAACAUAAAGAAGUACCUCAAAGGGAAGAUCAUUCUCCUGGGACCCCAGAUGAAGGGAAUACAUGUGCCUCAGAUGUGGUCAGGUCCUGGAUGUCUACUAUGCCUCAUUUAGCAGCUGGAGGAUGGCAGAUGUACAUGCCUGAGAAGGAUCUGGGUUCCAAUGAGAGCAGGACUCUGGGUGAGGCCCCUCUAGCCACUGGAGAUCCAUUGAAAGAGCUUCUCCAUCACCCCUCACAGGUAUCCACAGAGAAAGGAAAAGGUCAGUCUUCAUUAGAGACUUCCUCUUGGCCAGUAGAGGCAGGAGAAGUCACUCUGGCAGAUGCCUUGGAUGAACACAAAGCCCUGAGUCCCUCUUCCUGCCCUAGUGCCCAUGAAAAGCCAAGUCCACCCUUGAGCCUAAGAUGCUUCCAAAGGCAGACCAGUCCUGUCCUUAAGAGGGGUGAGCCAGACAUAAUGCCUGUCCUGGAAAGCUGCAUGACACAGGUGGCAUCCCUGAAGAUAAGCUAUGAAAACAACCCCCUAGCUGAGUGGUGCCUCCGGAAGGAAGAGGGCAGUACUCUGUGUAAGAGACAGAAGGUAGGGAGCCACUGUGUCUUGCUACAAAAUGAAUGCAAUUGUAACCCCGCUGGCUCUGGAUAUCCCCUUCUCUCUCCAACCAGAAAGCUUCAAGAAGUGCCCACGAGCCCAGAUGAAGGGCUAAGUCCCUGGCAUAAUCAGAAAUGCCAGGCAAGCUUCUUAAAACACAUGAGACAAGUCUCAUCAAAUAAGAUCAACUUUGAAUAUGCUCAGCUGAAUGGUCAAACCCUUUCCUACAUCCAGGAUCUUCACCUCCCCCUCAGCCCUGGAGACCCCUCUGGGGUCACACAGGAGGACCAAACAAAAUUCAUACCUCUCUUUGCCUCCAGUGGCUCAGUUAGGCCAGGAGCAGCCUUCCCUCAGGCCUCAUGUGCAGGUAGCAGCAGCUCCCCACAAAACUUGUGCCCAUGUUCAGACAUAAAGAUACCUGGUCCUACCUCUGGGAGCUCCCUGGAAUGUCAUCACAACCUUCUAGCCCGUGUGGGGGCCCUCCCCUGUCAUGCUGAGGUGAUGGCUGCAAGCCCAGCCAUGGCCGAGACCAACCUAUAAGAGCCUCUCUAGCGAAAGGAGGAGCAGCAUCAAGGAAUUGGCAUAGAAAUCAUCCUGACUCCUCAGCUGGGCCCUUCCCAAGGUUGUCAUGCUUACACUAGAGUGGAUCCAACAUCCAACAUAACAAACCUUCUUUUCCUGGACACAAAGAAGCAGAAUAUUUUUCUGUGAAUUCAAAUCCUCUUGCUACCCCUGGUGAAACAAGUCCAGGGCUGUCAGAUCAGGUCUUCUCAAAAUCUGUGCAUCCAUGAGGCCAGAAUGACUCAUGGCCAGGUUUGAAAAUUGACUUUGGCAUCUGUGGAGGUUUUACAAUCAGUUGUCCUGUUUGGGAUUUAACUAUCUUCCAGUUGUUUGGUUACGUUGCAGACUCAUAGUCAUAUAAAAUGUCAUUUUUGUUCAAAAUUGUAAAUAUGGGGCAGGUAAGCACUGAUGUUUUUUUAAUGGACAUGUCAGUCAAUCUGUUUUUUUCCCCACUGGAUUCUGUAUACUUUGUAUAUUUCCACUGAAAGUCUACAUGUGACUUGUCUAAAAAUGAUAUGAUGAACAGCAUUUUGAUAACAGCUCUUUUAUGGUUUGAUUUUAUAAUAGAGACAGUAUUUGUAUGUUGAUUUACCUCCUGGUGCCUGCCCCCAACCACCCAAUUCUUUGGAAAUGUGUAGUGGAAAUGUAAAAACCAAAAGGUUUUUUUACCAGCAUCUCGGGGAGAUCAGCUACCAUGUUUUCAUUUACAGGGUAAAACAUAUUACAAAAGAAAAAUAAAUCUAAGGGAAUGUUCAGAUUUCUUAUUAUAUACAGAUUUGCUUGCUUCAAGUAUUGCUUGGAAUAUUCAAGUCAUAGGCAGAGUCUUACAAAUCUGUGGAAGCCUAGCUGACUGGGCCAUAAGAUCACUGCCCAGUGACCAUCUGUUGCUAACUGAGGGCAGCUGACCUAAAUUGUACAUAUAGUGCCUAGGAGGAAAUAGCCUCUGAAAUGCAAGUCUUGCAUAUCGAAACCUAUGACAAUGACAAGUCAUCGGUUAUUCAGAACUCUUUGUUGUAAUAGAAUUUCAUCCAGGAUAGUAGCCAAGGCUUGGAGUAUUGCCAUCUAAUAUGAUUCCUGAGUACCUAUAAUAAAUAUGGGGCUGGUGGAGACAAGAGGAGUAGUUGUCUGACCUAUUGCUGGGGCAUAUCUUCUCCUUCUAUUUCUCCUCUCUCUUCUCUUUCUCUCCUCCCCACUCAAGAAAACUCUAACUCUGAAGCUGAUCUCAACCAGGUAGAUAUUUGACUAAAGCAACUGACACUAAGAAAUCAGUCAGUCAGUCAACAAGCAUUUAUUAAGCACUAUGUGCCAGGCAUUAUGAUAAGUUCAGGGGAUACAAAGAAAGUCAGAAACAGUGAAUGAAUAUGUUUAACUCUUGUCGAGGUCUGCAUGCCCCCAAAAUAUAAGCUCUAGCUUAUAAAUCUAGAGUUGGUAGUACGUGAUUGGGGGGUGGUAGUGGAGAUUUCUUUUUGGUCUUGCAAGUAUAAGGGGAAAAAGGGUCCUGGUAUUCCUUGCUCAAUCUCCCUGUCCUUCAAAGAAGUCUUUUAUAAAGUGAGAAAGUUGGACUAGAAGAUAUCUAAGAUUUCUUUUAUCUCUAAGUCUGAUUAUCCUAUGAUCUUUUGUAAGAAACUAUAGGAAGGAUGGAAUUUAAAUACAAAUUAAGCAGUUAUUGGAGAGAGUGUGUAUUAGCUGGAAAAAUUCUUUUUUUUUGUGGGGCAAUAAAGAUUAAGUGACUUGCUCAGGGUCACACAGCUACUAAGUGUCAAGUGUCUGAGACUGGAUUUUUGAACUCAGGCCUUCCUGAAUCCAGGGCCAGUGCUUUAUCCACUGCAUCACCUAGCUGUCCCAAAAAUUCCAAUUGAGCAAUAGAGAGAAUCCAGGAAUAGGGAAGAGAAUUAUGUACCGUGAGUGACUUUUGGUCUCUGGUUGACCCUAUAGGUCUAAGAUGAUUGUAAGAAUUCAAUUUUUGAAUACUAUUCAGUUUGGAGAACAUUCAACAGAGUAGUCUUUUCACAUUGUGAUCUCAUCCAAGUAAAGAAUCAUUCUAUCAUUCUGUUGGUGAUUAGGCUCAGUAUAAAGGGACCCCAGAAGGCCAAUUUGGCCAAAGUUUGAAAUGAAAAUGGUUCUAGAGUAGCCUUAGCCAAGUGAGUGGUGUCAUGGUCUCAUAUGAGUACUUGAACACCUCUUUGUUUUCUCUGGUCUUGUCCUUGAAGAUGGUUCCUAAGAUCAAGAGAAGUUUUUGCAUUGUGUUAAAUUUGCAUGUCUGAACUUGGGACCACUCCAUUCAACAGAGCCUGUUACAUGGAACUUUUAUUUAUGAUAGAAAAUCCAACAAGUUUUGGCCCUUUUGGUAGUAUUCCCAGGUAGGGUAUGGGGUUAGAUGAGAAGAUGAAAUAGCAUCAAAAGACAAAUGGAUUUCUUUCACAAGCUCUGUGUCUUUCAAGGCACAUGAUCUACUGUUCUCAUUAGCAUCCUAGAUGAUAAUUAAAUUAAACAGGUUAAUGAUGAUGGGUCUACCUUCCAACUGCUCAUCAAAACAUGGCCUCUUUUUUUUGACUUGACUCACUGACUUUGAUGACUCUGUAAAUGCUCUAAACGCAGACUGGGAUGCAUUGAGAAUAAGUUUCUUUUGAAGAAAAAGGCUGCUUUCUUCUAAUGAUGACAUGAAAAAGACUUGCUUUGGAGAGAGUACAGGCCAUUGGAACUGUUCAGGCCAGGGAAGCCCUUCUGUUGGCCUCCUUAAUCUGUUGGACCCCUGGGGACUCUUCAGUCCCAGUGCAUUAGCAUUACUUAAGAUACAUGCAUGGGAAGAAUAUAAAUGAGAAGUGUGUACAUACAGUUUCUUUGUGUCCCCUUGAAGAAUUCAGUAGUUAUACUGUUCUUUAUUAUGCCCCAACAGUGCACACCUAUUGCAUGUUUAGAAGUAAAAACAUAGUAACUACAGCUUAUAAAAUGACUCCUUGUGUUAGGUAAAUACUGCCAGAAUCUUUAACUGUCUCCAACUUGGUUCCUAUCUAAAGACAGGAACUGCAUGUCUUCUAAUUCUGUCUCCAAUAUUUUAUUCACUCCCCAGACAUGAUGGACACUAAUGCAUGUUCUAGGAAUGCUGGGUAAGUGUGAUGUGAUGACUUAGAGUCAUUUGUAAUAGAUUUUCAUUAAUAAGACAUCAGUAUCAAAUAUCCUUGGGGAAUAGACAUGUUUUGCUUUUGCUUGCAAGUGGUUUUCAAAAUUGUGUGAUUAAAAAUAAAAGUGAUUUAUAAGUUGCCAAGGUUCUUGGGUAAAUGGAAAAUCAAGCACUCUUUUAUUGGUUGAAAAGACAGGGUAGUGUAGCAGACAGAGAACACUGCAUCUAGAGUCAGAGGACCCAAGAUUGAUGUCUAUUUGCUCUGAUUGUGGGAAAGAUGCUUGACCUCUGACCCCAGUUUCCUCCAUUAUAAAACAUGGAUAAUGGAAAUUUACAUUUUGUACAUCUCAGUAUUAUUGUUAACAACAUACUACAUAAAACUGAGUUUAUUAUUUACCCCCUUGGCUCUGAUCACCAGAUUGUGUAGCGGUAUUUUCAAUGACAAUGGUGUUGGGGAGAGGACUAAUAUCUGAUUUGUGGAUUAGCUAUGUUAUGGCUGGGUUUUUUGAGCAUAAUUGAUAUAUUUCAAGAAUAAGGGUGUUUUGAAGGAGAAAGGGGGAUGCAAGGGGAGGAAGGUCAGAUGAGCUAGAAUCUGACCAAGAGUGAUGUAUAUCUUCUCAUUUCCACCCAAUAAAACUCAAAUUCUCUCAGAGCAAGAUAUGAGAUUAAAUGAAUCAGCAUAAAAGUAGAAGAAAUGACAUCUAGACUUAAGCCUCGCUGUUAUGGUGCCCCUGAAAUAAGAACUUGAGCUUGCACCCCUGAAGGAUAGAAUGUGUUUGGCAAGAUGGCUAUGGUGGUUGUGAAGAUACUGAUGUUCCUUGUUUAGCCUUCCUGCACCAUUAAUGAGCCCAAGAGGAAAGCAAAUACCAUUGUAUCAGUCUUGUUGUACACAUACACCUCUUGUACCCUUGAAGUCACCACAGGAAGGGAAGAGGCUCAGUAAAAAUGAAAUAUCCCAUUACUGGGAAAGGUGAGUUUUUUCUGGGUUUAGUUAGUAUAUUUAAGGGGUGUGUUGCUCCUAUCUAAUACAUUUAUCAUAUAUUAUAUUUAUCUAUCUAUGUAUUUUAUUACCCUAUUGGAAUAUAAGCUCCAUGAAGAAAGUGUGUUUUAUCUAAACUUCCCUUCCCUCCAGCACCUACUACAGUCUUAUGUACACAAUAGGUGUUUAAAAAGUGUUUGUUGAAUUGAGUUGAUUUAUUAUAUCCGAAGCUUAGUAAUAAUGAAUCAAGUCAUAAGGGUUUUUUCUCAAACAUACUUUUGCUGCUUGGAAGAGUGAAAGGACUUAGAAAUGAAAAUGAAAAUUUAAGUUUAAUUAAUAAUGAUGAUGACCACAAAUAUUAUAAUAAACCCCUUUUAAAUUGGCACUUUAGGGUUUACAAAGCCCUUUUUCUCACACCAGUCUGAGAGGCAGGGUGUAAUUCUAUAGCAGUUAAUAAAAUCCUAGUUAUUCUUUCUUCAGGUACAAUUUAUUUAUUCCUCCAUUCAAUAUAUAUUCAACAAAAGAUGUCCAAGACUCUAUUCUUGGUGCCAGAAAAGAUACAAAGGUAUAUAAGAAUCCCUUCCACUCCCCCCAAGGAAUUUAUAGCUUAGUAUUUUUUCAUUUGGGACUUUUGACUCAAGAAGAAUGGGGACACGUGGUAUAGUAGAAAGAACAUGUGAUUUAGAGUAAGAAGACUUUAGGUCCUAGCCCAGCCACUUAUUGGCUAAGGGACCUUGAAUAAGUCAUUGCAGAGAAUCACCUAAGUGGAAAGUACCUCAUUUUAUAAAUACAAACUAUUAUUAUUCAUACUUUGGGCUUUAAUAACUGGUUGGUGUGGAAAGCUUUUUGUUUUUUAAUGACAAUGUUGGUGAUAGGACUAAUAUCUGCUACAUAGAUUAACUGUUAUAACUGUUUUUUUUUUCUGAAGACAGUUGGAUAUUUCAAGGGUAAAGUGUUUUGUAGAAGGAAAAAGGGGAGAAUGUAGAGGGGGGUGGUCAAGGGUCACAAGAGGGAAUAUUAUUUAGUACAGCUUGUACCUGAGAAACAUUCCUUUCUACCAUAUACGUGACAAAGGGUCAUAGAUCUUUUGCUUGAAGAAUCCUGUGAGGGAUAACUCAGUACCUUCCAAGGUCUUCCACAUCUGGAGAGCUCUAAUUAUUAGAAUUUCUCCCCCCUUCACCUCCUAGAUAGUCUAAGAUCUCCCCAACCAUAAUAAUGUAUGAUUCUGUAACAUGACUGACGUUACUCAUUGUGUUGAUAUUGCGAUUAAAAGCAAUGUUGUACCCAUUGAAAGUCCUAACACUCCCCCGUUGUGUUGUGGAAACAGUCUACAAAGCAUUUGAAUCAACCAGCAAUAAAGAAAACCAGUUUCAUUAAAUACUGUUUUUGGAUAAAAAAAAAUAAAUGCAGCCUUAUGUUGA